UCUACUUUGAAUAAAAUCACAGUUAUAAAUACCAAUUGAAACUUAUCCUUUCAUACUUUAAGUUAAUUAAAUAUAAGAAAAUUCAUAGUUUCUUAUGUGUUAGUUAAUUCAAAAUUAUUUUCAAAUUAUUAUUCAACUGAUUCUAUGAUCUUUUAUUACCUUUUUCUCUGUUUGUUUUGAAAUCACAUAAAUAAUUCUUCUGUUUACCAUAAUAUUCAUUUGUUACAUUCUUUGAAGAAGUGACUUAUACUGCGUGACGAAACAUCGGAAAAUCUAACUUUUGUUACACUGUAAAAUUCUAUUUUGUUCUCAUCUCUUUUUUUUAAUAUGAACAGAUGACAGAAGAUGAUAUAUUUAAAUUACAUGAAGAAUUGGAAAAUGCACGAGUACAAAAUAAUGAAAUGAAAACAGCAUUAAUUGAAGCUCGUACUAUUAUUGAUCAACAACAAAAUCAAUUAACGGAAUUUCGGCGAUAUGCUGCACAAUAUCAAACUGAUGCUGAAGCAUUUAAAAUGAAAAGUAUGUUUUUACUAAAUAAUACACAAACACAUGAUGAACAAGUCAAUAUAUUAAUUAAUGCAUGUGAACGUUUAGAAGCGGAAGUUGAUGCACUCACUUGGCAAUUAGAUCGAACUAAACAAUCAUUAGAUUUAAAAACACAAGAAUGUAAUUUUCUUAAUGAACAAUUAGAUGAAAUACAAUUGAAUGGUAGUUAUCAUAGUCCUAAUUUAACAGUAGAUAAUCAUAAUCAUAAUCAUAAUCAUCAUACAAGUAGUAUAAGUAGAUUAGAUAAAUUAAAAACUGGUACUGAUCAAUGUAAUUCUAUAUUAAGUACAGAAUAUAAAUCAUUCACAGGUAAUAGUCAAUUAUUACAAAGGAAUACAAUGAUGUCAGAAUCAGAUAUAAAUAAUGAUAUAAAAAAACUUCAUGAUGAAAUUAUUAAUUAUGAAAAAAAAGAAAAACAAUGGGAAGAAACACAUGAAGAAUUAUUACAGAGACAAAAAUUAUUAGAAGAAGAGAAAAAACAACAAGAUUUAAUUAUUGCUCGAUUAGCUAAUGAACAGGUAGUUGGAAAAAACCUUAAUAAUUCACAGAAUGAUAACAAUCAACAUGAUGAAAUUCCAGCUGAAAUUAUAGCUAAAUUAAAUAAUUUACAUGAAGAAAAAACAACAUGGAGAUUGUAUGCAACAAGUUUAGUACGUAGUUUUGUUGAAAAUUGUGAAGAAUUUAUACGUAAAACACCAUAUAAUGAACCAUAUUUUGAAAGUGAAACUGAACGUCGUUGGUAUACAUAUUCAAUGCAUUUAUUAGAAAAUUUAUUAAAUGUUGCACCAUAUCAAUUAUCUAAAACUGAUUUAAACUUAUUAAAACGUACUAAAAAUCCAAUAACAAAUCAUUCAAUGUUCCAACAAACAACAGAAUCGAAUAAUCCACCAGAAUUAUUGACUGCAUUAGAUUUUCCAUCACAAGUUCAAUUAAAUAAUUCAUAUGUAGGAGGAGGAGGAGGAAGAAAUAUACAAUUCGAUGGAUUAGUACAACAACAACAAUCACAAAAUACCUUUACACAAGGAUAUGAUUCAUAUAAUCGUGAAUCAAAACAAUCAUAUCAACAACGUGCAGCUCGUGCAGCAUCGAAACCAUUGACAAAUUUCUAUCGUAAGAAGAAGUAAAUAGAUAAUCAAAAAAAAAAGACGAAUCACCUGUCGUUUUUAUUACAAUUCAUACACAUUAUUAAACUGGCAGAAAAUUGUACAUAAAUUUUGUUGAAUUAACAAACAGAAAAAAAAUGGAAGCAAGACUAUAAUUUAUGAACGAAUCAAUCAGAUUUAGGAUAACAGUAAUUGAAUUUUGGAGCGAAAUUCAUUCAUCCACUUGGCAAAAUAGCAUUUUAGCUUAAGUCAAUUCGUGAUGAAAACCCUAAAUCUAAUUCCUCGCACUGAUCUGUAACCGUCAUUCAGUCCUAGUUAGUGGACGGCUAUUCUCAAGAUCACUUUAGCGUCGCCUAAACACCGUCCAUAAAUUAUAGUCUUAUCAUAUGGACAAUACAAGAUGAAUGUGUACAUAACUACCGUUCAAUUGUUAACAAUGUGAUGUAGGAAAACUUCAUAAUGCUUGUUUGAUAUAUUUCGUUUUUAAAAAAACUAUGGAAGAAGUGCCUUUUAUAUACUUAUAUAUUUCUUAAGAAAUCAGUCAUCUUGUAUACUUAUUUGUUAUCUUUACCUUAAUCAAACGUCUUUCUUACUAAAUAAUAAAGAAGUGAACAGACGA